UGCCAUAUUGAAUCUCGCAUAUCCUCGCGAGAGUUGCAGCCAUGCGUGAUGGUGAGAUAGAAGCAUGUUAGCAACAUGUAGGUUUUUUCGCCAAUUCACCAAGAACGCACGGCCUCUUAUCGCCAUUAAAAGAAGAGGAGAUAUUUCUGGAGCAGUGAUGAGAGAAGAUCAUUGGAGAAACUUCAGUUCACAACAAUCCAAGAUGGAUACCAUUCUGAAGAGAGUAAAGAGACGUUUUGUUGAAAAACUUGCUGUACCUGAAAGGUUUAAUACACAGUAUGAUACAACUGGCAAUGGUUUUGAGAAACAAAGAACAGGUCUUACAAUGAACCAAAGUUUUGAACCAGCCAUCAAAAAGAUGAAGAUGCAACAUUCAUUCAGUAAUAAAGAGAGGCAGCUUGGUUGUACACUGCAACAUAAUGGUAUUACACAUGAUAUAACAAAGGCCAUGCCUCAGACAUCUCAUGAGAAUCAAAACAAUACCAGAUAUUCAGGAAUUGAAGGCAUCUGGAAAGGUAUCCAGAAAAUGACUAAAUCUAUGAAAAGGAGGCUUCGUAGAAAAAGAUCUUUAAAUAAGAUAGCAAAAGAUGGAGCUUCUGCAGACAUUAGUCAAGAACAAUCAUUAAAGUUAUUAUUAACCAAACCUCUAGAGUCAGAGCACCAAGUAACUAAAAGUUUAAACAAUACAGUUGUAAAUGGUAGAGUUAAUUAUGAGCCAGGAACAUCAGAUUCAGGAGACGAUGAUGAGGAUAAUACACAUAACAGUGGUAGGACUUCACAGUCUGGUCUGCCCACAGAUGACUGUUAUGUUGCCCUGGAUUGUGAGUUUGUAGGGAUUGGACCAAAGGGAAGAACAAGUGCUUUAGGGCGUUGUAGUAUUGUUGAUUUCCAUGGCCGGGUUGUCUUGGAUAUAUACGCCAAACCCGAGGAGGUGAUCACUGACUACCGCACACCCUGGAGUGGUUUGAGGAAGAAAGACCUGGUCCAGGCAGUCCCCACCAUCAGCGCAGUCAAUCAGAUUAAAAAGACUGUCAAAGGUAAAAUUAUAGUAGGCCAUGCGCUGCAGAAUGACUUCAAAGUCCUCCAGCUGGGCCAUCCCUGGCCUGAGACCAGAGAUAUAUGUACUUACAAACCUCUUCGAGCCAUGGCCAAUUAUGAAGUGCAUAAUGCUGCAUCAUUGAAGAAACUUUCUGCAUCUCUUCUUAAGCGCAAAAUCCAAAGUGGUGAACACUGCUCUUUGGAAGAUGCCAGGGCCACCAUGGACCUCUUCAAGUUAGUUCGAGAUGAGUGGGAAAAAGGACUUCUGAAGAAAUCUGCUCAUUCCAAAAAACAUAAAAAGAAUCCAGAAACAGAAAAAUCAUUCUUGGAUGAUGAAUAUUGGGAAGAAGAAAGUGAAAAUGUUAACAAUGGGAUUUGUAGUUUUGAAGAAAGGGAUCAGAAGUGAAAAUUGUUUGGUAUUAUUUUAUGGAUGCUACAUUAUUAUUUAUAACUAGAUUUUGACUAUUAAUUUUCUAGUAUCAAACACACAUAGGUCUUUAACAUGGUCUCAAUUAGUAUUUAAUACUUUUAAAAACCUGUGGGAAGCAAAAUUUAAGUGAGCUUAUGAUUAAUAAUUUUGUAUAGAUUAAAGUUGAUAAUUUCAUAUAUUUGAUAGCAAUAUCGUAGUGCAGGAAAACAUUUGAACUUGCAAUGUUUUUUCAUUGACAUAAAAUGUGUUCAGAAUGUAUUGGAAUUUGUCUUCAUUUCAGUGUCUUGAGACCGGUUAAACUAAAUAUUUCAGGUGGAAAGAUGGCUUUCGUAGACUGCUAAGAACCUAAACAACAAAGUUGUGUUUCACAAAAAAAAAAAACUUAUGUGUCAUUUACCUUUUUUUGUCUGGAUUUUUCCUAGAGCACAAUGAGAUUAACUUGACAGUUAUUUUUAACUGGCAUAACUGCCAAGAGCCCAGUUAAGUUAGUCAACUACAUUUAUUGUGACACAAUUAUUUUUCAGAUGCUUAAGAUCAGUACCGCAAGGUCACCUUUACACAAUCAGACAUUCAAUUUUAGUUUAAGUUAAGUUUAACCCCAAAAUGCAACUUAAAACUUAACUGACCCCAACUGUUUGACCGUGUAUCAAAUUGUGAUUGGAAAAGAUGUAAAUGACAGGGAGUGAUGUAUAACUUAUGGUUCUUUCAAUAUGGAUUACUAGUUGCAGGAUGAUAUGAUUUUAAUUUUGAAUUCAAUGACAUCUUUAUUUUGUUAAAAUUUAGAAAUGUCAAAAAUGCCAUUACAUCUUAAAUGUAUAGACUUUAUUGCUGGGAUAUAAUGAAACUCAUUUGAAUAGAUUCAAACCAAUGUGAUAUAAAUAAUAAUGUACUUGGAUUGUGUUUUGUUAUUUAUUAAUGUUAUCAAUUCUCUUAGUGUAUUCUACUGCCUUUAUGGAGCUGCCAAAUUAUUUGUUUCCCUCAGAGUCAACUUCUAUCAAGCUAACAUCUCUCUUGCCUAAGUAUGCCAUCUAGGACUGGGUUCCCAUACCUAGAUCGAUCUAACAGGAUCGAUCCAUCUCCGAGGGGUUUUUCUCUAAAUUACU